AGUGGGGUGGACUGAGAUUUUAAUCAACGUGUGCAGUAUUUGCAUAUACAGACGAAUUGUUAUCAGUACUGUAAUUUGCAUGAAAAAUCGCUUCCUUGUACAAAAACGGUGCUUCAGGUGAAAGCUCUGUUCCUACGAGUUUCCGCGUACUCUGCGUACACAAACUGGGGAAGAGCUGAAUCUUAAACCAUCAGGCAGCAAUACAAGGACAAUGGCAGGUUUUACAGAAACAAGCAUUCCUGUUGAAAUGGAUGAGUCCAUGACAUUUUGUGAUCAAUAUGCAAAGUUUAUAGAUCAGAAAUAUUCACAAAGCAAAGGAGACAAGAUUUGGAAUAAAGGCUAUUAUCCAGUAACUCAUGGGUUCACAGACUAUGAUGAUGUUAAUAAUCAAUGCGCAGGGACGGAACAGCCAUCAAUACACAAUAUGCAGGCUUAUCCGUGCAAUGCAUGCCAAAAAACUAUCCAUUCCAAGCCACAGGAGACAGAAGAGUCAUAUUUUAACAAUGGACCAUCAAGUAGACCUUUACACCACCCAUCUGAUGAUUCUUUGGUUGCUGGGAAACACCAUUCCAACUCAGAGAAGGGUUACCAGGAAGACCCAACUGUUCCUCAAAACAAUUCCGAUUCCCUUGCAAGCCAACCCUCCGUCAACAGACCUCCCUCUGACCUUCCCAGUAAGGACACUGGGUACGAAUCCCAGCAUCAGGACAGCCUGGACAUCCACCUUGAGGAUCCUCCUUUGCCUCUAAUGUCAGACAUCAGUAACCCUGAGGUGGCCAGAGCUUUCAUAUCCAGGAUCAGAGGUGAAGUACCGAGGAUUGAACCUCAAGAAGUUCAUAUGCGCUCUGGUCAUUUUGGACCAGCCCCACAGGUUUGUACAGUGGAAAGCAGACAAGCUCAUCCUGAUCACUGCCCUUCAAUAUAUGGCAUAGACCCCAGAGUGUACACAGCCCCCUAUCCAGCUGGAAGCAGAGCACCAGGCUAUGCCUACCGGCGAUUUCCUGAGUGCCGCCACGAGCCGAGUGAGGAGGAAGUCGGACAGGAGCAGUGCUGGGAUCCCCCUUUGCCUAGAUUUCACAAUGCUCAGAAAGGUGGUUACAGUUUGAAUGAGUCCAUCCCUUGCAACAUGCACCUCGGACCUCGUCCGGUUGGAAUUAUGCCUCAGGGUAACCUCAUUCCAUCUCCCCCCAUGGCACACACCGUGGGCAGCAAUAUUGAAAGCCAGGGCACGCUGAAGACCAUCAACCUGCCAGAUGAAUGCCGCAAAGUAUUUGUAACUUAUUCUGUGGACACAGUCUGUGAAAUAAAAAACUUUGUGAACACCCUGAGGGUGAAUGGCUUUCAGACAGCAAUUGACAUAUUUGAAGACGCAGUGAGGGGCAUUGACAUCAUCAAAUGGAUGGACAGCUACUUGAAAGAUAGCUCGGUGGUGAUAAUUGUAGCUGUGAGCCCCAAGUACAAGCAAGACAUAGAGGGAACAGGCUUGGAGCAGCUGAAAGAUGAUCACGGAUUGCACACCAAAUACAUCCACACAAUGAUGCAGCUUGAGUUCAUCCAGCAAGGGAGCAUGAAUUUCCGAUUUAUCCCUGUGCUUUUUCCAAAUGCUUCCAAAGAGCACGUCCCUGGCUGGUUACGGAACACACACAUCUACAGGUGGCCUCAGGAUGAGAAACGGCUCCUGCUGAGGCUGCUGAGGGAGGAGGAAUACAUUGCACCCCCCGUGGGGAAGCUGCCCACCCUCCAGAUCAAACCAGCGUGAUGUCUUACCAAGCCCUCCGUGCCAUCCCUCACACCUCACUCGGGAUACACCACCUUCCUUGUCUGAUUGUAUUUUUGCUGCUGUUCAGGUCUUUCUGUAACAGUAGCUUCUGGUUCAAGAGUUGUCUAUUACACUAAAAGCUCUUUACAAAUAGAAUGCUGUUGUUAGCAGAGCAACGUGGUAGGGGUACAGAAAUACUGGGUGAUAUUUGCUCAUGUAGUGUUCUGGCUCCUAGGUUGCUUUUUCUAGUAUAUUUUUUUGGUUCAGUGAUUGGCGACUUUUUACACUUUUUUGUUUCAGCCACACCUAGGUCUUUGUCAAUGGUUUCUGUGCUGUCUUUAGUACAAUGACAUGCAAUAAUAUACUGUACAUCUCCCCGUCCUCCCGUGCAAAACAGUGUGGUUUGAUUUAUUUAUUUUUUAUUAAUUUUGUUGCUUUUCACAUUAAAUCGAAAAAAAUA